GAGUGUGUGGACGGGUCAUGGCGUCAAACGCCACCACAAAGUUCUUCGCGCUCACACAGUCUUUUAGUUUUUCUGAUAUCAUCGUGAUCGGAGCGUAUUUUCUGCUCAAUGUUGCUGUCGGAAUAUGGUCAUCUUGCAGAGUAAGCAGAAACACACUUAACGGCUACUUCCUGGCUGGCAGAGACAUGGCCUGGUGGCCGAUUGGAGCAUCUCUGUUUGCCAGUAGUGAAGGAUCAGGACUGUUUAUCGGCUUGGCUGGCACCGGGGCAGCAGGAGGCAUCGCUGUGGCAGGGUUUGAAUGGAAUGCAACCUAUGUACUGUUGGCCCUGGCCUGGAUCUUUGUCCCAGUGUAUGUGUCCUCUGGGAUUGUCACGAUGCCCGAGUAUCUGGGUCGGCGGUUUGGUGGAGAGAGAAUUCGCAUGUAUCUGUCAGCUCUCAGUCUGAUGUUAUCCGUGUUUACCAAAAUCUCAACAGACCUGUAUUCUGGGGCCUUGUUUAUUCAGGUGUGUUUGGGUUGGAAUCUUUACCUCUCCACUGUGCUCAUGUUGGUGGUCACAGCACUCUACACUAUUGCAGGUGGUUUAGCUGCUGUGAUUUACACCGACACACUGCAGACCUUCAUCAUGAUCACUGGCGCAGUCAUCCUCACCAUCACAGCGUUCAACAAGAUUGGUGGUUAUGGCAAUUUGGAGAGCGUGUACCUCCAGGCUGUGCCAACGAAGAUAAUCCCGAACACGACGUGCCACCUGCCACGGGCUGAUGCCAUGCACCUCUUCCGUGAUCCAGUGCACGGAGACUUGCCCUGGCCGGGAAUGACCCUCGGAUUAACCAUCCUGGCUACCUGGUACUGGUGUACUGAUCAGGUUAUCGUACAGAGAUCUCUUUCGGCAAAAAACCUGAGCCAUGCUAAAGGGGCAUCGAUUUUCGCCAGCUACCUGAAAAUGCUACCAAUGAUCUUCAUCAUCCUUCCUGGCAUGAUCAGCAGAGCGCUCUACCCAGAUUCAGUGGGCUGUGUGGAUCCUGAGGAAUGUAUGAAGGUGUGUGGAGCGGAGGUCGGCUGUUCCAACAUCGCGUUUCCCAAACUGGUCAUCGAGCUCAUGCCUAGUGGGCUGCGAGGCUUAAUGAUUGCGGUGAUUAUGGCCGCCCUGAUGUCCUCGCUGACCUCCAUCUUUAACAGCAGCAGCACUCUGUUCACCAUGGACAUCUGGAAGAAGUACCACAGAGGAGCGAGCGAGAAGGAGCUGCUGUUAGUCGGCAGGAUCGUGACGGUGAUCCUAGUUGUCAUCAGCGUGGUCUGGAUCCCGAUUCUUCAGAACGCCAACAGCGGACAGCUAUACGUUUACAUCCAAUCAGUGACCAGCUACCUGGCGCCACCUGUUACUGCCAUCUUUGUCAUGGCAGUGUUCUGGAAAAGAACCAACGAGGCAGGAGCGUUCUGGGGUUUGAUGGUUGGUCUGGUUAUCGGUGUCACGCGGAUGGUUCUGGAAUUCGCCUUCCAGCCUGCUCGCUGUGGAGUAUUCGACCCUGCGCCACCCGUCCUGCGGAGCGUCCACUACCUGCACUUCGCCAUCAUCCUCUGCACCAUCACCAUCAUUGUCACCAUCACCAUCAGCCUCCUCACACCCGCCCCCCCUGAGGAACAGAUUCACAACCUCACCUGGUGGACCCUGAGACGCAGCACUGACAGAGACAUACCGCUACAGAAAGUAUCAACACUCAGUCGGAGAACAGAGGGUUGUGAGUCUGUGCGCAGAGGGAAGUGUGUUCGCACUGCUGGCUUUUGCAGUCCUCGGCCUGACCGUGGAGCUCCCAGGUCUCCUGUGAUUCAGAGCAUGAGGGAAGACCCGUUUUGGUCACGAUUCUGUUGCGUCAACGCUGUUAUUCUCAUGUGUGUUAAUAUAUUCCUUUAUGCUUACUAUGCAUAACACACACACACACACACACACACACACACACACACCAUUUUAAAUGCAAAAGAAAAAAAAGAUUCCUGAGAUUGGACAAUCAGUUUUAGAUUAAUUUUAAAUCCGUGGUUUUAUAUUUUACAUGUUGCUCAAUAGGAUUCAGUUAAUAAGCUGAUAAUGAAGCAGAUUAGAGCAAGAGCUGAAUGUUCAGGCAUUUACACACACUGGGGUAUAGGGAGAUAUCCACACACACACACACACACACACACACACACACUCACACUUAGUAAUCAGAAUCAAGAUUUUGUAGAAAAAUACUAAUCUUCAUCCUGGCCGUUUGGAGUGACUGUUACACAGCAGCUUGCCAAAGAUAACAAUCUGUCGUUUAUUAGAAAGAAAAACAAGUUCUUUUGAUCUGUUUACAGUUACAUAUAAUGCCUAAAAAACAGGUCCUUGUAAUUCUUGUAAAAAAAAAAUAAUAAUAAUUUCACCACCAAAUUUUCAUUUUCAUUUCAUCGGUAAACUGGAGCGACACUGGAGACUCCUUCCAAACCCGCUAAAUAAACCUCACCUUACAUUACAGCUGUUGCUAUAGAAACAACACUGACAGUUAGCAAAUAUGUAAUAAUAUAAUAAAGGACAUCAUGUCAGAAAACUGUCUGUCAAAAAAAAAAAAAUUCAAACGUUAAACCUUGGUCUUUAAACUUAAUCUUGGAGAAUCUGCCUUCUUGCAUUAGCUGUUACUAUAGAAACAUUAACAGACCAAUCAGAAUUUAGCAGCAUUAUUGUGUAAGCGUAUCGAAGUUUGGUUUAACGUUGUGUGUGGGGAAUGUUGAGGAAACAUCACCGGAGCCCAGCGUUGGUAGUGAAGACAAACUUCUGAACCCUGAUGCACUUUAUCCCACUUGACUGUCAUUAUUAUUCUUAAUGAAAAGGGAGAUUAAACAACGCAGGAUGGGAAAAAAAUACGAUAGUCGGUUAAUCCGUGGAAAAGGAGAUGCGGAUUUACUCACGACCUUUAGCGUUUCAGCAAAGUCUUUUUAUUUCAGCACCUGAAUCACCUCCUUUAAUUCCUCACUGCUUUCAUUAAACAACAUGUAACUACAUGUUUAGCUACAUCUUAUAGCACAAUGACACUAAAUUGUCCCUUCUGAUUGGUAACAGAUGGUAACGUAGAGUUACAGCUCAUAACAGCUAGUAACAGCAAAUCGUAGUAGCAGUAACAAAAUUAACAGUUAGUUAUAUAUAGCUAUAUAACACAUUAUAUCAACAGCUAGUAACAGAUGCUAUCAGUUAGAGGCAGGCAGCUUUUUGAAGCUAGUUACAGACCGGAUAGUCAGCAUUUUUUUUACCUAAAAGCUAUUGCGGGAAAGUAAGUGAGAACCGUUAACAACAAUAAAUGUAGUGGCAACCAGAUACAGAGUAUAUCUUGUCUUUUAUCUGUCAAUUUUUUUUAUAAAUUGUCAUCAUAGGUUAAUUGUAGUAGAAGGAAUAAAAACCCCCGAGAGGUCUUUUAUUGAUAUUCCACAACAGGAAACAGAACGAUAUUCUACAGCUAUAAAACUAUGUUGUUCUUUAGUAGCUAAAAAUGUUCAAUUCGUAGAAUAAUCAGCUUCCAGGAGGGAACUAACUCCUCUGAUGAUCGCUUUCAACGCAUGACAACGUUUUAUGUUAUUCCUUUGAUGUAAAUCGUUCAGCGGAUUGUUUUCCAUCUUUACACGGAAAAUGUUAAACUUUGGUAAAAUCGUGUUGUGUCAUGAGUUAAUGCUUUGCAGUCACUCCGAACCUGUCAGCAGAGCGAUUUACUGCACCUGAUGAAGUCAUCCAGACAAGCCUGAACGAGGGAACCGGCCUCCGAGCAUUUCCAAACAGCCAGACUCUUACUUUAUAUCAUUUACCUAAUUAACUUAAAUGUGAUCCUCGUGGAUUAAUCAUUUGACAAGAGAUUUGUUUUUCAGUAUUAAAGUGUCUUAUGUUUCAGUGUUGGACAUGAAAAAAAAAAAUGUAUGUUAUCUACAAAAAUAUUUCUAAUGACGUUUUAAUUGACGUUUGUCAUAUU